CCUCCACUAGUGCCCAAACAUCCAGUCUGCCGUGCUCAUCGUCUGUGACCGGCGCGUCCUGAUUUCAUACAGAAUAAGUGCAGCUUCAUUGAAUAAUUAUGUACAUAGACGCGUUCAAACGGAUCCUCUUUGAGAGGCUGAACUGCUUGAAAAGAAUGUGCGUGUGUCAGCGACAAGGCAGCUCCUUUGCCAUGUCUAAGGCGGCAGUGAAGAAGCUGCACUGGCAUUCCAAGGUGCAGGACGGCUUUGUGCCCUCCCUAGGCUCCUCGGGGGAGCUAGGAAUUGCGAUCGGUGGAGGAGCAGAUUAUGGAGAAUUUCCUUUUGUCACUUCGGCUCCUGGAGGUGGACUCACAGUGGGUGAUAUCAUCUUAGAGAUCGGGGAAACACCUGUCUUAGGAAUGACAUUAGGAGAUGUCCAAGGGAUCCUCACCUCCUGCCCCCACCCUGUCCGCAUUAAAACUGUUUCACCAGGCUCUACGUUGUGCAAAGAUCUCAGGUUGUAUCUGAGCAAGUGCUUCACACCAGAUUCGGUCGACAGCCAGCUUCAGCAAGUUAUCAGAGAGAACCUCUACCUCCGUGCCAUACCUUGUACAACCCGACAGCCCAGACACGGAGAAAUCUCAGGGGUUGAUUAUAAAUUUGUCUCCAGUGAAGAAUUCUUCUCCUUGGAAGAGUCAGGAGUGCUGCUUGAAAGCGGGAAAUUCAAAGGAAUUACUAACGGCACACCACGGCCCAUUCACAAUCAGUGCGAGAGCCCCCCCAUGACCUACCAGGAGCACCGCAACCUGCUCAGAAACUUCCGUGCACGCAGCAAACGCUCAGGCAACCUAGAGAAAGCAGCAGAAGAAGGCAGAACAUAAGAAGAAGAUGCUGAUAUUACAGGAGGCUCAGCAGGUGUCAGCAGCAGGGUGUCACCUGGCUACCUGGUCACCGAUCGGCCCCGGGCAUCCAGUGGAGGGAAUGGCACUGUGGUAGAGAACGGCGUCAUAGGUGGCAGAAGUGGUGCCAGACUGCGAGGUGUGAUGCCUGAUCACUGGGAGCCGGUCUUCAGUGACACAGGAGAGACUUUGUAUAUUGAUCACAGCCCAAAAAGAACCAGCUGGCAGAGUCCAAGAUUUUCAAGUAGGGAAACUAUCUACAAAAAUGAAUGGUUCACUGAGGAUCCAAGGGAGCUCAGAGGGUUUCCUGUCCACACCCACUUGACCAAGGGCUCCAGAGGGUUUGGGUUCAAUAUUGUUGGGGGCAGCAGGCCUCGAGAGUUCCUUCAGGUCUACAGUGUGACUUCAGACGGACCCUCGGGUCUGAAGACAGCGGACAUUUUGGUGUACAUCAAUGACGUUUGUGUACUGGGAAUGUCUCACAAAGAGGUUGUAGAGAUGCUGCAGUCGGUGCCUGUGGGCCACGGUGUGGAUGUUGAGGUUAGAAGGGGUUAUCCCAUGCUUUACGAUCCCGACGGUUCUGCCAAACAGCCACAGCCAAACCUGGAGAGCAGGGACCACAUCCUACUGCCAACUACCACCCAGCCUCAGUCUGUUCUCCAUCUAUCUCAGCUGCAAACACUCACUCCACAGAGCCAGCACUUUAACCUGAACGGGGUCCACAGUGAUCAAAGCUACAUGGAACCAGGAGUGAUACUUGAUGCAAACGGAAAUGAAACGUCUUUGACUGCCAGACAGCCACCUGCAUACAGACAUUCUAGUACAAGUACAGCUGCGUCCUACUCUCCUGCUCGACCUGCUCGCACCCUGAGGAGUUUGGCCAGACUGCAUUCACUUGAUCCAACGCCGGCCAGUCAGAGCGACAGUGAAGUUGUUUCUGCCAUUGGUUCACACAGGGCAUCAAUGGUCCGGAAUCACAACAAUAACUCCCUCUCUACGCCUCCUCAUCUAUUACGCUAUGGGGCCUUCAAGUCCUCUGAGAGUGACCUGUCCACCUGCACUCUGCCCGGGUCCCGAAUGCCCGUGCCUCAGUCCCCAAGGAGGCCUUUUUCCUCCCCCGGAGGCCCACAUAGUGCACACUCCCGCCUCUUCAAACCACCUCAGACCUCCCACCUCAGACCUCCUCCCACUCCUGACAGCCCUCACCACCACAUCGUCAGUAGUUUCCAUGGUAACACCAGCCCCACUGCUCGCCCAAGUAGUGUAUCCUCUCCUGGGGCACUGAGUGUGGGCAGUGGAGUUGGUGGUUUGAGUGGAGGGGAGCUGGUGCCCGUGGUCUUGGCCCAGAAUGGAGGUGAUGGAAGCCUUGGUUUCAGUGUGAUGGCCGGUGGUCCAGGAGGCAGGAUGACCAUCAUAAAACGAGUCUGGGACAGGAAGAAGUGCAACUCUUUGCAGCCAGGGGAUGCUAUUGUCAAAAUCAAUGGCGCUGAUGUCCAGAGUCUUAGCUUUGCACAGAUACAAACAGUAAUCCAGCAACACACCAAACUGGGAGAAGUCAUCUUAUUGGUGUAUAGGGGAGGCGUCUACCACUCAGCGGUCUCUCCUGGUGCAGUUCGGAGGCUUCCUCCACCUCUGAUUCGACCCCCUCCUCCACCUGGUACCUCAGACAUCUACUCUGCACACCCAGAAACACUGCCUGUGCCCUGUGCGUCAAUCACUACGCCUCCUUCCCCAGCAACAACUCUAUCCUCACUGAUCCAGAGCACCAGUUUCUUGGAAUCAGUACCAGUGACCCUAACCAUGGAGCCCAAAGACUGGAUGAACACAGGGCUGGAGGAUGAGGUGAGCAAUGGCAUGGCUCUUGAGUCAGCUCAGGACAGGCGAAGUGGAGAGCAAACAUGGCCGCUCAGAGGGUUUGACGUGGAUCUGAGAAGAAAGCCAGGAGAGGGCUUUGGGUUCGUCAUUGCGUCUCAAGAUGUGGAGAAUGGCAAAGCUGCAUCUCUUCUUCCUCAUCGGUUCGUGACCGUCCGUCGUGGCAGCCCAGCAGCCAAGAGUGGUCAGAUCCGCCCCGGAGAUCGAUUAGAGGCAGUAGAGGGACGCUCGGUGACAUCUCUGCCUCAUCGCGAGCUUGCUCAGAUACUCCGUCGAGCAGGAAAUACUCUCCGCCUUACCAUUGUUCCACGCCCGAGCACCUAUUCUUCAAGCCUUUCUGAAUCCACUGAUCAUGACCUCGGGCACAGGAGCAGAAAAGGUCAGAGGUCACGCCCAAAGCGUGAUUCCAGGUAUUACAGUGUAGACUUGGAUCGUGGCCCUUCAGGGUUCGGAUUUAGCCUACGAGGAGGAAGUGAAUACAACAUGGGCCUCUACGUCCUGGCGUUGAUGGAGGGAGGUCCGGCCUCACGAAGCCAAAAAGUGCAGGUGAGCGAUCAGCUGGUGGAGAUUAACAGUGACAGCACAGCAGGGAUGACCCACAGCCAAGCUGUGGAGCAGAUCCGCCGCGGAGGUCACCGCAUCCACCUGGUGCUCAAGAGAGGCAACGGCUACGUGCCUGACUACGUGGAGCUGUCCAGUUUGUCUCUCUGUAUGACCAACUCGAAGCUAGGCGAGCCUUGCUUCUAUGUGAUUGGACGGACAGAAAAUACGCGGUUGGUAAUGGUUCCUGUUACACAGAAUCCACAUCCCCCUCCCUGCUGCGCCACCCCAAGGAGCAGGGUGUGGCUGCAGUUAGAUUCCUACCAAGCAGAGGAGAAGAGCCAGGUCAGCAGACGAAAGGUAGGAAACAGGAGAGGAGCUGAAAGGAGGAGGAGGGCGAGAGCCGGCCACACACUGGGGAGAACGUUCGGAAUUGCAAACCCCGGACUCUGAGUUCUGCGGGAGACAGAAGCAGGCGAGGAGAGGGGUCUCAGGUAGCCCGUUGAGAGGAGGAAAAAGAGAAAAUCUCAGCAGUUUACCCAGAGACAUCAUCAGAAAGGAUGUUGACGAACAUCACGCAGACAGACGACAGAGCGAGAGGGAGGACGAGGGAGAAGGAGAAGAAAACAAACAAAGAGAGAAGGAGCAAAAGUGAGGAGAAGAGGAGGAGUACAAAGCCCGAGAAGGAGGAGGAUGAACAGGCGGUGCAAGCUGUGGAGGAAGAAGUGUGAAGAAGUGGCAAAGGAUGGCGGUGGAGGACGUGAGAUAGAGGGAGAAGAAAAGAGAGAAGAGGAGGGAGAAGAAAAGAGAGAAAGGCGGGAGAAGAAGAGAGAGAAAGAAGAGGAAGCAGAAAUGAUCUUACCCAUCCAAUUCCCAACCCAAAGACUACCAAGACCAAAACAAGACUGGAGGAAGAGUAUGCUGGAAAUGGUGGGCAUGGCAAGCAAAGUACAGGGAGUUACAGGAAGUGGAAGAGCCCAGAGAGUAAGGGAGUGUGGAGGAGGAGAGGACGUGGAAUGAGGAGAUAGGAGUAAAAUGAGAGAGCUGGACAGAGAGGAGCGGGGAUGAGGAGGAGGAUAGACGACAUGCGGGAUAUGACUGUCCCAGGAGACCUUUACCCAGCUUUGCUGCGACAGAUUUGGCGGCUGAUGCAGAGCGCUUCCACCUUCCUCACUUCCUACACCAUCUUGUACCGCGGCUGGCCAAUGACGAGUCUGACUCAGAAGAAAGCCAAUCAGACGGAAGAAUGUCUGCAGUCAGUAUCUUCAGGCCUUUCUCUGGCCGAUGGGCACGGGGCCGUGAUGCUGCCGGGCCUUGGUGGAAACCCAACUGGCACCGGGUUGACUCAGGUUAUAGAUGAGCAGACUGCCCAGGAGGGGGGCGGGACCGGGGGAAGGAAGAAGGCUGUCUCUUGAUUUGAAAGAAGAGCCGAAUGGUUACUUAUUGUGUUUCACACUGUUAGAGUUCAGCUAUAACACUUUAUUCUGGUCUGAAAUCAUAUUCUUUGUGCCUUUUCACAGCUGACCUCAAGAUGAUGGUAGAUGUUGAUCUUACAUUCAUUCUCCUUUUUUUUUCUUUUUCCUCCCCGGAUACAUCUUUGCGCUUCCGUCUUUAUUUUUGCAGCAGACUAUUUUGGUCCUACUCACAUUUCCCCACAAACACUGUACUGACCAUUCACGUAUACCUCAAGAAGAUACCAAGCAAUAAUAAUAAGAAUAAGAAGAAUGCAGCUGUCCCAGAACCAGGAGUUGGUCUGAGAGGAAACACGGGCGUAUAUUUGUACAGUAACCCUCGUUGUUCUUUUAAACGUGGACACUUGCCUUGACCUUUAGUGUUGUCCUUAUACUGUAUCUUAUUAAUUAUGAUGCAAAUUCCUUUUUGACAAAGGUGUUAAAAUCUAUAUUCUGUACAUACUUGUGGAGAAAUAUAUUGUAAAUAAGACACCAACUGGAGCCAAGCCCUGAAUUGUAUUACUGUAUUGUAAUACGUAAUUAAAUCUAUAUAUGCAGUAUAUCUAUGUUACUUAAAUCCUGUUCAUCAUGUGUGCUGAGGAUCAAGUGGAAAUUGGUAUAUAGCUUUGGAUAAAAUGUUAACACAUAUUGUAACUGAAUGUUUUAUGAUACGCUGCUUGACUGUGGAUUAUGAUGCUCUGUGUUGUACCCUUUUAACGAAGUUAGCAUAAGAUGCUAUAUUAUAGUUGUGGGCAGAUGUUUACCUACCUUGGGUGUUCUGGAAUCAAUACAGGGUCAAAAAAUAUGCACACAGCAGUUUCUUCCAGAAUUCUGGUUGUCUGUUUGAGGAGUUCAGUUAAUUAUGUUGGCUUUUUCCCAGAACGGAUCAAGCGCUAACCCUGCUAGUACGUUUUGCACCAUUGGCACUCGCGGCUACACGUGGGGGUCCCACGUUGGUAAAUUCCAAUGUUGGCAGGUAUGACACUCCAGUAUGAUAGUCAGGACUUUGGGAAGGCUAUUCCAAAAACAUAUCCCUUCCACAACCAGCUUUGAUGUGCGUUUGGGGUCACUGAUAUUGAGAUAUUUCAGGGGUCUCCUGUGACCUCACCUCCCCCUGCCUCUUAUCCCACGCGUGUCCGUUGAUUUGAAAAGGUAUUAACCAGUCAUUUAAAUUUGAACACAAUUAACGCCGAGGGCUAGUCCACCACUCAGAUAUUUACUGAACAGGAUUUAAAUGUCACAAAUUUGACAGAAUUUAAGUUUUACAAAAUGAGUGAGAUAAACAAAACAUACCCAGAAGUUCUGAGGGUCCCAGGAGCUGCGAGUUUCCAACCAGCAAUCUGGUGUCCCAGCAAGGAGGAACCCCCAACAUUGGGCUGUCUUUGUAUUUAUACACCCUAUGCUACUACAACGUUUUUCUGCUAAUCUUGGGUGGUGUCUUUCAUCUGGGUGGUCUUGAUCCCUCCAUUUCGUGGCAUGCUAACUGAAAAGUCCUGCCCAACACUGCGAACUGAAAACUGUCAGCAUAUUUUCAGGGCCUCACCGAAACAGGGUCACAUCACAUUUACAAGACUUUUGAAAAUGAUUAUAUAAGUAACAUAUCUUCAUGCCAGCUUGCUAAGAAACUAAACUAUUUGAGCAAAAGCAAAUCUUAGAACAAAAGCAAAUGUAAUCAUAAACAUAACAUACCUUUAAUUUGGCUAGACACAGUACACAAUUCAACAGCAUUCGAACAUAUAACCCCAGAGCAUUUGAAUAUAUAGAUAUCAUGUAAUUAACCUUAGCUAUUGUUUAAUAAGCAUUGAUAAAUAUUGAUCACUAUGACCAUAUGAGUAAUAUAUUCUUCAGCACAAGCUCUAGUAAUAAAUGACGACUUCUAACAUUAAGACUCACUCAUGUAACAAUAUAUUGUUAGCUCAAUAAAAGAUAAAUAAUAUGAUAAUACUGAAUGGGGAAAAAGCACAAAAGGUUAAUGCUAGUUUGAGCACAUUUAGGAUAUGUUCCUUCACUGACCUGUUGGAAAACCAGUUGUGUACAAAUUUGGCUUUCUGAGGUCACCUCCUUCAUUAUUUCUGUCUAUCUUGGGCAAUGCACCAGUCCCACUGGUAGCAAAACCGCUCUAGACUGACAUACUACCACUGCCAUGAUUAUGUGAUCGAUUGACAAAUUUAGUCGUACUUGCUGGUGUUGGUUUUUUUGCUUGGACAGACGAUGACACUGGUGUCUCAGCAACUUCCAGUUCAUGACAUUCCUAUUCUAAGUGGCUACACCUUCCAACAGGGGCGUAUCUUGCUAUCUUAUUUAUUAUUUUAUGUCUUUGUACAGCGCUUUGGUCAACUUUGUUGUUUUUAAAUGUGCUCUAUAAAUAAAUUGGAUUGGAUUAGGUGAAGGUGGGGGUGGUUUGAUGUGGUUGGGGGGACCAAUGUCAUGCCCCCUUCCCACCAGGACAAAUUUUUAAAAUCCAUAGCCUUUUCUGCAUUCUAAGGCAUUCUGGGGAUCUAAAUACAGACUCUCUCUGCAAGACUGUUACCAUAUUUUAUCAUGCCCUUGGUCAGCAGCAAGCUGAUGUAGGGGGUGACAACCCCCCCCAUGUCAGCCACUGCUCAGUAACUGUUUGAAUCAAUGAUCUUGGAACAUUAUUGUUUAGAAAUGGCUCCAAGAGACAUUCCUGACUCGUAAAUGUACAGUCCUCUUUCUCAGAUCUGCACUGACCUUCUGGACUUUCCCAUUGUGCUGUGUUGGUCUGUCCAAUCAGGGCCGUCAAAAAUGUUUAUGCUGCCACAGAGAUGCUACCACCUGUCAUCGGUCUUGGUCAGAAUCAGAAUCAGAAGAAGUUUAUUGCCAUUGCCAGUGAACAGGAUUCACAGACUAGGAAUUUGCUUCGGUACAAUGGUGCAACAUUAAGAAGAGGAAGUGAAGAGGCCUUGGAAUGGUCACUGUGUGGACCUCUCAGCACCACUGAAAUGAUAAUCUAACUAGUUGUGGCUAUAAUUUUGACCCUGCGCUGAUUUUGGAAAAUCCAAAUAAUCAAGGCUUAUGUACCAGGUUUCUUUCUUUAAAGAUUGAUGUGGUUGAGUCAUUCUGCCCCCAAAGAAAAACACUUCAAAGGAAUCAUUGAAAGCCCAUACUGUUGUGACCUUCAUGUGCAUAAUGAGUGUAUGUAAACUUCUGAUCACAACCAUAUGCAUUCAGUGUGCACUUUUUUAAAGUACUGUUAAUAUUGUGCAUCUGGGCUCAGAACAAAACCAACUAUUUAGAUUCUAGAGAGUGCCGUGCCCAUUGUGCUGCAUCCAGUUGCCUUGGUAACACAACCACUUUAUCUUAACCACUGAUUUUUCUUACUGUGAAAAUCCUUUCGCUUUGAGAUCUUUACUACGAGAUGUACGCAGGACCAUUUGGUCUUCUCACUUAGGCCAGAUAAAAGGCUUUUAAUGUAAAUCAAUACAAAAUAAAUUAACUUGACAACAGAGAUCAAUGUUGCAUCGAGGGGGGUGAGGUGUGUCUCCCCCCCCCCCCCCCAUUUUUUUUAACACUGUUGUGGGAAAACUACCAACUGAGCUAUCUGAAAGAAUACUGUGAGAUACGUAUUAUUUUUCUAUGAAACUGUCUUUUUUGGAAUAACUCAAAUUUUCAUAUAUUUUGCUUUUAAUAAAUCACACCACAGAAUAAUUUCCACAUGAUUUAAAUGUUGAAGUUGUUUCUUGUUGCUUUAUGACAUAAUUAAGAGACUGUUCUGGUCCACCAGCCCAUAAUUAUCUAAAGGUUAAUGCUCCAGGAGAAGACAUUUGUUUGUGCUCUAAUAAUCAGAGGAUUCAAAUGAAUUACUCGCCGUGCCCAUUUAUUCAGAAUGCUACGUGAUAGCGCAAGUGAUCAAACAUAAAUAUUCCACAGCAAUGCCCAUGACAGACUACAUGUGGGACUUAUUUCUAACAUUUGAUUUCAUUUAUAAAUGAGAUUAUAUGACUGAACUGUAAUAACUUCUAAUAAACUGCAAAAUAAACUGUUAAAA